GUACACAGAGCGAACGGCAUGAUCUGGGAGUGGGACCUUUCAAAUAUCCAGAAGCAAAAUUCCUUCGGCUCAUGUCAGCAGAGGAAACUCUUCCCCAACCACCAUGCUCCGGACAGGCUGGGCAACCACCUCAAGCCCAUCCGGGGCACCUCUCACCGCGGGCCCGGGGCCUACAUCCAAUGCGACGAGACCAGCCUGGCGUACCACCUGUACAAGAGGCCCGUGAGCACCAAGGGAUACAUCCUGGGAGCCAGAACUACACCUCGCUUUGAACCGGCCCUCAAGGAAGUAACGCCAAGCCCGGUGGCGUACCAGCUGUUGUGGGCGCAGGAACGGAAAUGCCCACCGGCCUUUGCUCCAUUCAAUGCCAAAGUCCCGCGGUUUCAGGAGAGACGUGCGGACACUUUGUGUUUUCCCAGCCCCAAUACCUACACUCCGGAGAAGCUGCCUCCCCGGAAAGUCACCUGGCCCAUGAAGUUUGGAGCUCCUGACUGGAAUCUGGUGCCAUUUCCCAAGAAAAGGACCCUAAAAACGGAGCUGAUCACCGACCGAGAAUUCCGGAAACAUCGCAACCGGGUGGCCUACCUGAGCCUCUACUACAACUGAGAGGCGGCAGAGCCCCCCUCCACUCCAGCUUCUCCAUCCUGCUGUCCAGUGCUGUCCCAUAAAGACUCAUUUUGCCCCUGG